UCGGUGCUUCAGCCCUCGUUGAACAGCAGUGUUACAGCUACCACUGCCGUACCACAGCCACUACCCAUCGAUCCAAACCUGCCACCAGUAGAUAAGAGCGUUGAUCUUGAUGGAGACGGUCGACUCAGCCUCGAGGAAGUUCAGUAUGCAGCCUUUGUACAUCACGGACUAUCAGGCACUGUCGUUCAGGGCAUGUUUAAUGAGGUGGAUCACAACAAAGAUGGCUUUCUCGAUUCGGCUGAAUUCAACAAUAUCCGCGCACUUAGCGUUGAUACGGACAAAAACAAGCUUCUCUCACUCCAAGAGGCUCAAGCGUACAUUCUGAAGGAGCAUGGAAUAGGGUCUCGGGAUGUCGAACGUGUUUGGAAAUUGGUUGUACCGAACACUUCGGUGGAAAUGGACGCACAACAGUUCAGCAAGCUACGACGUCGCAUUCGCGGUAUGACCAUCCGACUAGCUAGACAGAUCAUGAAGGUUGCUGAUACCAACGGUGAUGGCCAUAUUUCACUCGACGAAGCGCAGGGAAUCGCGUUUGAGCAGGAAGGCAUAGCAGCAGGGGACGUCGCUCAAAUGUUUGCCAGUGUGGACGAUAACAACGACGGCGAACUCAAUGCUCCAGAAUUCGCCGAUUUUGAACGUAUCGUUCGCGCGAGAGCUGUGGAUACUAGCAGAAAGGCACUUCGAGUCGUAGACACUGAUGCCAGCAACACGCUGACUAUGGAUGAAGCUAGACGAAUCGCAUUCGAACACUAUGGGUUUGACGAAAAUGUGAGUUCU